UCCUUUCCCUCUUUUGAUUACAAGUUCAAAUUUCAAAAACAGACACAACAACCCCCCUCUCUCUCAAUUCAGUGAUUGUUUCGGGAAAAAAUAAAAUAAAAAGAAAGAAGAGAAGCGAAGCGAAGCGGAAGAGAAAGAUAAAGAGAGGGGGUGUGUCGAUGAUAUGCGCAUUGUUCAAGCGCCAGUUAGGGUUUGUUUGGAGAUCGAUUCUCAGGUUUCUUACCAGAUCCUUUUUCAGAGCCAUGGGCAUUUUCCUUGGAUGCUUCCGUGACAGGCACACUCGCCGCCGUCGAGGAGGCGUCAUCGCCUCCGAUUCUGCUUCUGCGCUAUCCAACUCCACUGAGACUGUUGUAUCAAAGAAUCGCCUGUCAUCCUUAUUUUUGUCGGAAGAGAAAGACUAUUCUCCUGGCAGUGGAAGGGGAAAUUUUUGUCUGGAGUCUCAGCAGAUUGACAAGGAACUCAAGGAAGAGGCCAAGUUUCUUAAGGCUUGUGGUACAUUGCCGGAGACUCCUGCUGAAAUCCGAAAAGCCUCUGAGCAGUUGAAAGGUUCUUCUCUUUGCCACAAAGGUUCAGAGCCUUUAGAGUUCCAUUCCUGGCUAUCCAACUCAUCAAUCCAGAAGCUGCAGUUGGACAAGCAACUCGAUCUGCCCCGUACUCCUGUUAAGCUCGGUGAAGAGUUGAGAAAGGACUUGGAAUCUUUGGAGCAAACCCCUUGGAGCUGCAUAUCCAAUGUGGAGAACACCAGGACUUCUAUCAAUUCUAUCCAGGCCACUGAAACUCCGAUUACUAAUGUGGUAAAGGUUGCUGCAGAUGAGCCUGAUACUGUUCAGCGUGGGAACAAGUCUGUGCAUUUUCAAUGUGAUAUCGAUGUAUCAUCCUCUAAAGGUUCUUCAUCUGAAAAUUCUAGCCAAUAUUUUAGGGGACCUGGAUCUCCAGGUGAUCUGAGUGUAUCAAAGCCGUUACCUAAUCCAACCCCAUUGAAGCUUUCAGAUGAUAUGCAAACUCCGGGAACCGUUUUUCCUGCAAACCUAGGAAAUUUAACAGAUGGCAAGCCUCGGAUCAGAUCCCAGUAUGUCUACUCAGUCUCAAAUCCAGUCGAGAAUAUAUCUCAGUGGAAGGAACUGAAGAAAGGCAAUCCUAGCUCCCAUCAACUUCCAGACGAGCUGAGAGAAUCUAUUGAGCUGCCAGAGCACACAACUGCUAUGUCAGAAGUGACUUCAAAAGAAACAUCAUUUGACAAUGAUGUGAAGGUAGAUUCAAGCUUGUCUUCAUGGCUGAAGCCACCUUCUAACAGAGAGCGCCACUUUGGUAGAACUCCUGGGGACCGGCCUAUCAUUGGGCUUGUUGCUGCUCAUUGGAAUGAGAAUGAGCAACCUCAAAUCUCGCCCAAGUGGUGGGAUGGGAAUGGAAUCCCAAAUUCAACUAACAAGUAUAAGGAAGAUCAGAAAGUAAGGUGGCAUGCAACACCAUUUGAGGAGAGGUUAGAAAAGGCACUAUCCGAAGAGAGUUUCAUUUCUCAAAGGAAGCAUGUAGAUGGGAGACCCAUGGUGUUUGAUGAUUGUGAUGAAAAUGACACUGCUGUUUCUCAGUUGCAGCGACCUUCAACGCAUUCUAAAUCAGUUGUAUCAUUCUGAAGAAUCCGUGGAAGUGCUGUUGGCAUGAGGUUUGUUUCACCAUUUGAGGAUGGAGGAGAAUGUAGUCAUGUUCCUUUAAACAUGAAAUGAAACUUUUGGGUGUUCAUAUUUGAUUGCUGCGAGGAAUCCUUGAAUGAGAGCCCAUUCCAAAACUGUCUGUGUGGCAAGCAAGGCGUGUAAAAUGGUUUAGACGAGUUGCUUAUAAUAAAUACACUAUGUACAUUGACCAUGCGAGUCUUGGAUAAAUUGAGCUUCAAGUUUUUUCAACUUCCACAAUAUGUUUACUCAA